CAGGGGGUUCAGAGAGAUUGUUUUCUUAUCCGAAACAAAACUUUUUGGCGAGUGAUAGAACCUCUCUACCUUCCCGCAUUUUAUUUCUCCAAUCCCCGCGAAUCAGAUCAAGAGAGAGAAGGAAUUGGGAGCAGACCGAGAGAAAGGAGUGAGAGAGAAUCGUCUGACCUGUUGCGAUCGGAUUUUGAGGAGAAAAGCGAGGUAAGAUGAGAGAAAUUCUUCACAUUCAGGGAGGUCAAUGCGGUAACCAGAUCGGAGCCAAGUUCUGGGAGGUGAUUUGCGACGAGCACGGCAUCGACCACACCGGCAGGUACAGCGGUGACUCCGAUCUCCAGCUCGAGCGCAUCAACGUCUACUACAAUGAGGCCAGCGGCGGCCGAUACGUUCCCCGUGCCGUCCUCAUGGACCUCGAGCCUGGUACCAUGGAUUCCGUCAGAUCAGGCCCCUUUGGCCAGAUCUUCCGCCCCGAUAACUUCGUCUUUGGUCAGUCUGGCGCGGGGAACAACUGGGCCAAGGGCCAUUACACCGAGGGCGCAGAGCUCAUUGAUUCAGUCCUCGAUGUCGUCCGCAAGGAAGCUGAGAACUGCGAUUGUAUACAAGGUUUCCAAGUUUGCCAUUCUUUAGGUGGAGGCACGGGAUCUGGUAUGGGCACCCUUCUCAUUUCCAAGAUCAGGGAGGAGUAUCCAGAUCGUAUGAUGUUGACAUUCUCUGUCUUCCCUUCACCGAAAGUAUCUGAUACAGUUGUUGAGCCAUAUAAUGCUACCCUUUCUGUUCAUCAACUAGUAGAGAAUGCAGAUGAGUGUAUGGUUCUGGAUAAUGAGGCUCUUUAUGACAUCUGCUUCCGUACUCUCAAGCUUUCAACUCCUACCUUUGGUGAUCUCAACCACCUGAUUUCCGCAACCAUGAGUGGUGUGACAUGCUGUCUUCGGUUCCCUGGACAGCUAAACUCUGACCUUAGGAAACUGGCUGUUAAUCUUAUCCCAUUCCCUCGUCUGCACUUCUUCAUGGUUGGAUUUGCACCCUUGACCUCUAGAGGCUCCCAGCAAUACCGAGCCCUCACUGUCCCUGAACUUACCCAGCAGAUGUGGGAUGCCAAGAACAUGAUGUGUGCUGCUGAUCCUCGUCAUGGCCGCUACCUAACUGCCUCAGCAAUGUUCCGUGGUAAGAUGAGCACCAAAGAAGUUGACGAGCAAAUGAUUAAUGUUCAGAACAAGAACUCCUCGUACUUUGUAGAGUGGAUUCCCAAUAAUGUAAAAUCCAGUGUUUGUGACAUCCCUCCAAGGGGUCUGAAGAUGUCAUCCACUUUUAUUGGAAAUUCAACUUCAAUUCAAGAGAUGUUCAGGCGUGUCAGUGAGCAAUUCACAGCCAUGUUUAGGCGCAAAGCUUUCUUGCACUGGUACACUGGUGAAGGGAUGGACGAGAUGGAGUUCACCGAGGCCGAGAGUAACAUGAAUGACCUCGUUGCUGAAUACCAGCAAUACCAGGAUGCAACUGCCGAUAACGAUGAGUACGAGGAAGAAGAAGAAGAGGAGGUAUGUGCUUGAGGUAUCUUCGGCUUCCGCUCACUUUGCCCAACACUUGUACAAUGUUGGUUUUCUCGUGGGUGUUUGGUUUUCAUCUUGAAGGGACAGGUAGAUCAAGUUAUUGGUUGUUGUAUGUAUUAUAUAAUGUGUAUAAUCUGUAUUUGAGAUGGGUUUGUUACAAUGCCUUUUGUCAUUCGAUGUGAUUUG